CAGGGUGGCGCGCGUGGGAGCCGACAGUAGGGGGUGGGACUGGGUUUAGUAGGAGACCUGGGGGCCGGGGCCGCCUCCGGACGCCCAUCUACCGGCUUUACUCGCUCCAUCGAGUCGCAGGAGCGGUGGCGACCUCGGCCUCCAGCGUCUCUGGCGAACUGUAGUGGCUGCUGCGGCGGUCAGGAUGGUGUUGCUGGGUUUACUGCAGGCGGGCGGGUCUGUGCUGGGGCAGGCGAUGGAGCGGGUGACCGGCGGCAACCUCCUGUCCAUGCUGCUGAUCGCCUGCGCCUUCACGCUUGGCCUAGUCUACCUGUUCCGCCUCGCAGUCGGCCACCUGGCCCCCCUGCCCGCGGGGGCGAAAAGUCCACCAUACAUUUUCUCUCCAAUUCCAUUCCUUGGACAUGCCAUAGCAUUUGGGAAAAGUCCAAUUGAAUUCCUAGAAAAUGCAUAUGAGAAGUAUGGACCUGUAUUUAGUUUUACCAUGGUGGGCAAGACAUUUACUUAUCUUCUGGGGAGUGAUGCUGCUGCACUGCUUUUUAAUAGUAAAAACGAGGACCUGAAUGCAGAAGAUGUCUACAGUCGUCUGACAACACCUGUGUUUGGGAAGGGAGUUGCAUAUGAUGUGCCAAAUCCAGUUUUUUUGGAGCAGAAGAAAAUGUUAAAAAGUGGCCUUAACAUAGCCCACUUUAGACAGCACGUUUCUAUAAUUGAGAAAGAAACAAAGGAAUACUUCCAGAGUUGGGGAGAAAGUGGAGAAAAAAAUUUGUUUGAGGCUCUUUCUGAGCUCAUAAUUUUAACAGCUAGCCAUUGUUUACAUGGAAAGGAAAUCAGAAGUCAACUCAAUGAGAAAGUGGCACAGCUGUAUGCAGAUCUGGAUGGAGGUUUUAGCCAUGCGGCCUGGCUGCUGCCAGGCUGGCUCCCUUUGCCUAGUUUCAGACGUAGGGACAGAGCUCAUCGAGAGAUCAAGAAUAUUUUCUAUAAAGCAAUCCAGAAGCGCAGACAGUCAGAAGAAAAAAUUGAUGACAUUCUCCAAACUUUACUAGAUUCUACUUACAAGGAUGGGCGUCCUUUGACAGAUGACGAAGUGGCGGGCAUGCUUAUUGGACUGCUCCUUGCUGGCCAGCACACAUCCUCAACUACUAGUGCCUGGAUGGGCUUCUUUUUGGCCAGAGACAAAACACUUCAAGAGAAAUGUUAUUUAGAACAGAAAACAGUCUGUGGAGAACAUCUCCCUCCUUUAACUUAUGACCAGCUGAAGGAUCUAAAUUUACUUGAUCGCUGUAUAAAAGAAACAUUACGACUUCGACCUCCUAUAAUGACCAUGAUGAGAAUGGCCAAAACUCCUCAGACUGUGGCAGGGUAUACCAUUCCUCCAGGACAUCAGGUGUGUGUCUCUCCCACUGUCAAUCAGAGACUUAAAGACUCAUGGGUAGAACGUCUGGACUUUAAUCCUGAUCGCUACUUACAGGACAAUCCAGCAUCAGGAGAGAAGUUUGCUUAUGUGCCAUUUGGAGCUGGACGUCAUCGUUGUAUCGGGGAGAAUUUUGCCUACGUUCAGAUCAAGACAAUUUGGUCCACUAUGCUUCGUUUAUAUGAAUUUGAUCUCAUUGAUGGAUAUUUUCCCACUGUGAAUUAUACAACCAUGAUUCACACCCCUGAAAACCCAGUUAUCCGAUACAAACGAAGAUCAAAAUGAAAAAGGCCACAAGGAACUAACAUGUGAAACAUCACUGUAAACCGCAAAAGCAUUUGAAGAGAAUGAAGUUUACGAAACAACUCCUGGUGUAUUCUUUGAAUUUUAAAGGACAACUAGAUUAACUUACAGUUUUUAUAUUUUCUUAACUGAAUGGUUCCAUCAAAUCUAAUGGCAUUUCGUAUAUUUCCUAAUAGUUUUAUGAUGGCUAUUAAGGAAAUCAAAUUCACUAGUAUGAAAUUAUUUAGGGGGAUCUUGGUAAUUGACAGAUUCUAAACACAGUGUCCAGGUAUUAAUCUUAACAAACAUAGCUCUUGGAAAGUAGGUUUGGGGUAUUUACAUCUUAGAUUAGAUCUGCAAGUAGAAAAAAGCCCAAAGGCCCAGGGAGAUACUUGGAAACUCAGGUUAUUUAUUUACUGAGUAAUGUUUGUGUGUGUGAGUGAGGAUGGGUGGAUAAGGAAUUCCCAUUUAAAGCCUUUGAUAAAAAAGAAUCUGAUCAGUUGUUUUGGUAUGAUACCCAGCGAUGGUGGAGCUAUGCUGUAGAAAAAUGUCCUUUGAAAUUUUAACUGGAAGAAGCAUUGUCUCCAGGAAACAAACAGAUCUGACGAUGACUUAGUAAUUAUGUUUCCUAAAAAAUAAUAGUACUAAAGAAUGCACAAGUAUCUUAAUCUAACUACUAAAUGCUAUAUAUUUGUCUAUCUGAUAAAUUUCUAUCUGGUUCCACAUGGUGACAUAAAUGUGAAAGCCCCAAAUAAAGUCCUUAAGGAAUA